AUGCCUCGCUACUCAUUCGACUCCGAAUCCGCGGAGAGAGAACCCCUUGAAAACCAGUACUCCUACUCCCCUCAAUCCCGCCAGCCAUACCGCCAGCAACAGCAGCAACAACAACAGCAACAACAACACUACCAACAAUAUCAGGACUCUCCAGACUACCGCUACCACCAGAACGAUAACAACAACAAUAACAACGGUCAGGCACAGUACCAGCAGCAGCAACAACAACAAAAUUACGGCUCCCCCACCCGCUCAGAUCGUCCCGGUGCACACCCAGAUUCACACUUCGGUCGCUUGCGUCAAGAAAGGCGCCUGAGCCGUGACCGCUCUGCUAGUGGUGGUCCGUCGUAUCUUGCGACUGGAGCCGCCGCCGGGGCAGCAGCAACCAGUGCUCAGUACAGUGACGCAGUCUCUCCCAUAUCACCGCCGCAGCCCCCACCUCAUCGUGACGCCGACGGCCGGUACUGGGGCCAGGAGUUAGGCUACGGCACUGGGCCCCAGAGUAACAUCACUCCAGGUGCGGACAACUUUGGCGAGGCAGCAGCCGGUGGCUUGUCCGGUGUUGCUUACAGUGUUGCAGACCGGCAUCCCCGAGAAAGCGGCGUCGAGGCCAUGAGCGGCCCGAAUUAUCCUCAGCAGGCCUACCAGAGCCAACAGCAGCAGCAAUAUGGCAGGGGAGCUGGUAAUGGCCCAUACGGCAACGAUCAAGCAUCACAGGGCCUACACCCAGCGGCCUAUGCAGCAGGCUACACGGGCGACCGAAACUCACACUCGAGCCUUGCAGGCCUCAACGCCGCUGCUGUACCACCAGGGGCCGCCUCGCCGGGCAUGAGGACGCCCUCCAGGAGCCCUCACCGUGCUUACAAUGAUUUGUAUUCCGAUGAUCCAUACCAAGGCUACUCAGGGAUGCCCAAUCCCAGCCUGGGCGUGGUGAACCCUCACGAUAUUGAAGACGACGGUGACGAAGGUCUUGAAUAUGGGCGGCGCGGCCAUCGAACAAGCAUGCUCAGCCUCGGUGGCUCAAGCAAUCGGAGUGGUCACCAUGGGACUGCGGCUGCGGCUGCAGGUGCAGGUGCUGGCGGAGCUGCUGCUGGUGCGGGCGUCAUGGGUGCCUUGGGCGGUCUCGUGGGACGAAACGCUGCGGGACGGAGCGGUGGGCCUAGUGGGCAGUAUGACCCCGUCCACAAUGGUAGUACCGGCUACCAAGGCGGCGGAAGUGCGUACGAUCUCGGUAGUAAUCGAGCAGAAAAGUCAUCAGACUGGCUAUCCAAACAGAGCGGUAGCUCGAAGAAGUGGAAAUGGGUCAUCAUCAUUGGUAUUGGCCUGGUAAUUGCCGCUGGUAUUGCGUGCGGCAUUGUCUUUGGCGUGGUUCUCAAAAACAAAAAUGGCUCGUCGAGUUCAUCCGGAUCGGCAUCGGAUGACGAAGAUGCCAACGGCGACCUCAAUAUCAACAGUUCUGAGAUCAAAAAGCUCCUGAACAACGCCGAUCUUCAUAAGAUAUUCCCCGGGGUCGACUACACGCCGCUCAAUACUCAGUAUCCCGAUUGCCUUCACUCCCCGCCGUCCCAGAACAACGUUACAAGAGAUGUCGCUGUACUUUCACAGCUGACCAAUACCAUCCGGCUCUACGGCACAGACUGUAACCAGACUGAGAUGGUGAUUCAUGCGUUGAAGCAGCUCAAGAUGGACGAUACUAUCAAGAUCUGGAUGGGUGUCUGGCAGGACAACAACGACACAACUAACGCGCGUCAGCUAGAGCAGAUGUGGACAAUUCUCGACACGUAUGGUGAGACGCCGUUCAAGGGUCUCAUUGUUGCCAAUGAGAUUCUCUUCCGAGAGCAAAUGACAACGAGCGAGCUUGGCACGCUACUAGCUUCUGUCCGGACCAACCUCACCUCCAAAGACAUGUCACUGCCGGUGGCGACGAGCGACCUGGGUGACAAGUGGACAGCCGAGCUGGCUCAACAGAGCGACUACGUCAUGGCUAAUAUUCAUCCAUUUUUCGGUGGCAUCAAUGCGAAAGACGCUGCAUCUUGGACAUACUCUUUCUGGGAGAAUAACAAUGGUCCCUACUUCAAAUCAGAUGCCGAUAAGAAUAUCAUCUCGGAGACGGGAUGGCCCACACAGGGCGGCACGGACUGUGGUACGGAUACCGUUACUGACUGUCCUGACGCUUCUGUCGCCGGGAUUGACGAGUUAAAUCAGUUCAUGGAGGAUUGGGUGUGUGACGCCCUGACGAACGGCACGCAGUACUUCUGGUUUGAAGCGUUUGAUGAGCCUUGGAAGAUCCAAUUCAACGAGGAGGGCAAGAAAUGGGAGGAUCAUUGGGGCCUGCUCGACGUGAAUCGCAAGCUCAAGAGCGGUGUCAAAAUUCCUGACUGCGGUGGAAAGACGGUAUAA